GGAUUUUUAUAUAAGUGAAGGAGGGGAGCUCCAAUGAAGUGGGGGUCGCUUUUGAAUACAUUUCCCCUUCCCAAAACUAGAGAGGGUGUGUUCGGGAUUCAGGGAGACUUGUCUGUGAAGUAAAUGUAAGAUUACAUUUCUGUGGCUGACGAUGCAUGCUUUCUUGGCUUUAAAUUCAACUUGGGCGAUGUACAGUAUGAAAGAAAGGGACGAAUUAACAAAUAUUGGAAGGUACUAAUGUACUAAUGUGUCUUUCACUUUUCUUCCAGGUUCAACGAGAGACAUUGGUACAUGCUUGACGAGAAUUGUAAUCCGACACCGAGCUCUGGAAUCCAGAAUGAAGAGCCUUAAUGGGGCUCUCAUGGACUGUCUGGUGCUGCCUAUACAGAGUAAAUUGGAGGAAUGGAGGAAGAGUGCCAAUGCAUUGGACAAGGAACAUGCCAAAGAAUUCAAGAAACACCGGGCGCACAUCAAGAAGAAAUCGGAUCAAGUGGUGCGAUUGCGGAAAAAGAUGAAGAAGGACUCUCGCUCUGUUCCUGACCCGUCGGUGCAACGCCUCGUGGAUCAAUGUCUGAAGGACUUGAACUGCCAAUUCCGGAACCUCGAAGACAAAGAGAAAUCUGCCGUCAGAUCCGCUUUGGUGGAGGAGCGGAACCGAUUCUGCACUUUUGCCGCUUGUAUGAAACCCGUCGUGGAUGAGGAGCUCGGGAUGUUGGGCGAACUCUCACAAGUCGAGGAGGUCAUGUCGAAACUUGGCAAGGUGGCCAGCAACCAGGGGAGUUUACCGGACUCUUGUGAACAAGUUAUCGAGGAUGUUCGCGCGGAUAAAGUUUCCUUGUGCUUGUCCACACCACCAUCCACCCCAUCCUCGGCCAUGGGAUCGCGAAAGAACUCGAUGUGCUCGAUUUCAUCCAUCGUGUCUGGCACAUCAUCCAGGGCCUCGUCCAUUAUGGCGCCCAAUACAAGUGGGCCUUGUUCCCCGACGCAUUCAGACAGAAUUAAGGGCUCUAUUCCCAUUUCCAACAAAGUGAAUCACGAUACGAUGUCCUUAAGUGGUUCCGUUCGUCUGGCCAAAGAUCAUCCGCAUAAUCCGAAUAACAAUAACCUCAACCUCAACGCCAACAAUAACAACCAUCACCGACAAGUAUCGAACAAUAAUGGAAGACCGGGUUCGGCCGCUUCGGCCCACGUUGCUAUUCGGAGUGAUGGGUCCACUUCCGUCUUGGUUUCGGGCGGAAGUUCCAAGUUAACACGACCGCAUACAAUCUCAUCUUCAUUCGAGAGAAACGGUGUUCAAGCUCGACCACCACUUUCGAAUGGAACUUUUAUCCCUCUGGCCUCCAAUUCUCAACCCGUUUCUCCGUCGAAGCAACAAAAUGUGCCCAAGAUGGCGGACUCGUCCUUGUUCGAACAAAGUUAUUCCACCAUUAAACGGGCUUACAGUAAUCGAGGAAGUCCCUUUCGAAGAUCGACUCAGGAGCCGUCUCAAAAUGGGGGUGUGGCGAAACGUCCUCCAUUGCCGCAUCGUUGCAAUUCGGCGGAUGGUUCCUCGCGACCCCCUGGAGGCGUGAUUGCUCGAGGAUCCUCCGUAGAGCGACCCCCCUCGCAGGCUUCGAUUCAAAGCGAGAACAAUAACGUGAGAGUUAUUGGGUUUUCGUCCCCAAAAACACAUUUCUCGUCCUUGUCGUCGUCAUCGUCGUCGUCGUCGACGUCUCAUCAGGACACUUCCAACAAUGGCGAGUCCCCUUCGCACUACGCCAUACCUCGGAGUGCUCUCAAGCUUCAAAUGGUUCCGGAUUUCCUUCAAGGCAAGACCGAUAUGGUGAUCCCCCAACCCGUCUACAUGAAUACCGAUGAAAUGAAAGGAGCUCCUUCCAAUUCCAUUUGCGAGUCUCUGCUCGAAGAUGAUCUGAAGACGCCCACAGUGGAGGAGUUAUCCUUCCCCGGUCAAAAAGUGGUGGUUGAGGAUGGAACAAGCAGCUCGAGUUCCGGAUCAAUAGGCUCGUCCAGUGGCUAUGGAAGCCAGAAUACCAUCAUCAAAUUCGACGAAUCCCAAAAUCUCUCAUCAAUUACGCUACCAGGAAACCACAUCAACCGAAACGGAGCUGAAGUCAUUUCCCCUACUUCUACUGCUCUUCCCACCUCACCACAAAAUCAGGAAAGGCCGAACCGCCCCCUUCCUUCCCUGGCUUUUUUGACCAAGGUGGGAUCCUCCCAUUUGGGAUCGUGGGCCCAAACACAUCCCGGGAGUCCCAAUCCCACCCAGUCGAAAACGAGGGAGGAUAUCCUUUCCACCUUAUUAGGCCUUGGUCGGAAAGGCUCGGGAAUAUAUGCGACGACACCAACAGCAUCACCAACACCAAACAACUUAAUGAGCAACAGAUCCGUUGGUGGGCAAUAUCUUCGGAGAAGUGAUUCAUUCACGCCAGGCUUGAAUCCAAACAACGCUCCCAGAUGUUCCACUUUGCAACGAAGCUCCUCGCAGAUUUCCAAACCAGUGCCACCCAUUCGUCGAACGCCCUCCAUUACUUCACCCACUCAUGGUCCGAGUAAUGACAAAUUGAAUAACAACCACAUGGGAGCUCCCCGCUCCAGCUCGUUCCAAUUGGUGGAAGAUGACGAUGCCACACCUCACGGAUCGGUCGAAAACAUAUCACACCAGGACUUGGGCGGGUUGGAAGAAAUGGCAGUCAGGGCAUCCAAUGUGGCAGAGAACCUCCGUCGGAUACCCGCCGGUCAACCUCACAGCCCGUCCACAUUGAGACGGUCGACUUCGAUGUCGGCCAAUGUUCCUCCACCUUGUUCGACUUUUGACCGCGACCAGUCUGCUCGCCGAUCGCUCACUCUAGCAACCCAAGGAUCAAAUCAACCCAAAGGCGUCACGUUCGCCCCUAAUCCGCCCACUCUCCAUUCGGACAACAACCACCGAGGCUACAAUGAGAAUCUCUACAAGAAGAUCAGCACACACCACGUGAUCCCAGUCAGUAGUGAUAAGCCCUCUCCUGAGGGUGAGAUCUAUGGGUUUGGUGCCAGAUUCAAAGAGAAUACGAGGCAUUACUUCGGAGUCAAUCCAAGAUCCAAAGGUCCGAUAUCCAUGUCGAUCUCGUAUCCGGGAGGGGAUGAAGCUCCAAAGACGGACGAGGUGCAGAAUCAGAUGUUUUUGAAUUCGCUUUCCGCCAAGCUAGUUGGGUCCGUCCAAGGACAACGGAUUGCCCUUGGGAACAAUUCUCGAAUCCCAUUGGUUCAACCGACUCCCCAAAUAUCUUGCUCGACAGGCGAGGCUUCGAAAUCGAAGUUGCACCGAGAGAUCCAAACUGGUGCGUUCAAUCUUAGGAAAACGCCGAAUAUCAAUGACCGAUCUGCUCCCAAAUUAUAAACUAUGGCUUUAAUCCACAAUCUUCUACGGUUUAAUACCAUCAUCAUGUAAUAUCAAUGGUACAAUUCUACUUCAAUAUCAUCAACAACUUGCAUUUCAAGCUAAUCAAUAGCAAUCUCCGGCUACUGCCCUGAUUUUGGUAAUCAAACUCUUAAGAUCCCUUUUGGAACUGUCCAGUGACUUAAGAACUUUUCCUUUAAAAAAUAAGACUGAAUAUAACGAUUCGCUCAUAAUUUUUUAAUCUAAGCCAGGCUUUAUUGCACCCUGAUAAGAAACCAUGUCCUGUAACACUUCUUCAUGCUUCAUUCACGAAUCAUAGUUUUUUGCCGUGUAAAAGUGCUCUUUAUUAUCGUUCAAGAUGGCGAAACAAGCUUUUCCGAAAUAAUGGAGGCAUCAUAGAUUAUCCACCAUCAUCCAAUCCAACUGUAUUUUGAGCUAGUCAGAAUCACAAUACACUUUUACAAGAAGUUAUUGCUAUUUUAUUAUGAACAUUUUUGGUUAUGAGUAUAUGCGUGUGGAAUACUGAGACCAAAUCGAGAAGCAA